AUGGGGGUUGCAACUUUGGAUAAAGGGAACAAAGAAAAGUACAUAACCCAUUUAAUAGUAUGCCAUGCAGAAACAGUCAGAGGAUUAACAUUUAAUGAAAACAUGAAGGAAUUAUUACAAAAAUUAGAAUUUACAAUAGGUGAGCAGGAAGUGGAAGCUAUCAUUAAUAUUAAAGAUGAGAGAUUAGACACUGUUGCUAAAGCAAAUAAUGGUGAUAGUAUUUCUGUCAAUGGGACUUGUCUGACCGUGACAGAGUUUGAUAUUUCAGCUUCAUGGUUUAAAGUUGGACUUUCACCUGAAACUCUUAGAAGAACAAAUCUUGGAGAGUUGAAAGUUGAAAAUGUUAUCAUGCCAACUAAAAAAAUUGGUGAUAAAGUGAAUCUUGAAGUGGAUAUGUUGGGAAAAUAUGUUGAAAAAUUAAUUGAAUCAAAAUUAUUCAGUAGCAUUAAUAGUAGCAGUAGUAAUGAAAAUGUCGCAGAGUAUGUUGGAUCUGCCCUAGAAAGACCAGCUCAAGGACCAGUCUUCUUGGCCCCUGGUCCUCGAAAAAUGAAAUGGUGUAAAUAUGUAAAUAAUGAUAGUAUUCAUUUAAAAAUUCAAAUACUUGAAUAUUUUACUACAACUAUCGACACUUUCUCUAUUAAUGUUCAAAAUGAAUUAGCAUGUUAUUUGAGCACUCUACUAGAAGAUGAAACUGAACCUCUUGAUUGGUGUUAUGCACAAAGAAAAGAAUAUCCUAUUCUUAGUCUCAUUGCUCAUGACUAUUUAACAGUACAAGCAACAAGUGCAGCCUCAGAGAAAUCUUUUUCAACUGCCAGAUGA